UCUCCACGGCGGCUUUACAGGACCGAGGACAGAGUGCGUUAGACCUGCCCCCGUCUCAGCACAGGUCAUACGUGGGUAGCAGCAGGCCACAUUGGACCCACGGAUGAAGAUUAUGUGCCCUUAGCACCUGGAGGAUGAUGCCUGAUGGCGCUCCCCACUCUGCCCUCCUACUGGUGCAGUAGAAGGCUUCUGGAUCAGCAGGCAACUCGGCAGCGACAGAGAGAGCAAGAAGCCCGGCUUCGGCAGCAGUGGGACCAGAACAGCCAUUAUUUCCAGAGGUCUGACAUCUAUACCUCCAAACAGGCAGAAUGGAGCUCCAAAGCUUCCUACCUGCGGAGCAUGCAUGCCUACCAGCGAGAGAAGAUGAAGGAGGAGAAGAGGAAGAGUCUGGAAGCGCGUCGAGACAGACUCCGGCAGCUUAUGCUGGAGGAACAGGACCUGCUGGUCAGGGAACUGGAAGAGCUGAGGCUGAGCAUGAACUUGCGGGAACGAAGAAUCCGGGAGCGGCAUGGGAAUCUGAAAUCUGCCCAAGAAGAACAGAGGAAACUGAUUGCUGAACAACUUUUGUAUGAACACUGGAAAAAGAACAACCCGAAACUCCGAGAGAUUGAGUUGGACCUUCACAAGAAGCAUGUGAUAAACUCUUGGGAAACACAGAAAGAAGAAAAAAAACAGGAGGAAGCCACCAAAGAGCAAGAGAACAGACGCUAUGAAAAUGAAUACGAAAUAGCUCGGAGGGAAGCAAUGGAGCGGCUGAGAGCCGAGGAGGAGCGGAGGCACCUGGAGGAUAAGCUGCAGGCGGAGGCGCUGUGUCGGCAGAUGGAGGAGCUGAAGCUGAAAGAGAUGGAGGCAACCAAACUGAAGAAGGAGCAGGAGAAUCUUCUGAAGCAACGGUGGGAACUGGAGAGGCUGGAGGAAGAGAGGAGGCAGAUGGCAGCCUUCCGGCGGAAGGCAGAGUUGGGGCGUUUUUUGAGACAUCAGUACAACGCACAGCUCAACCGACGCACCCAGCAGAUCAAACAGGAACUGGAGGCAGACAGGCGCAUCCUGCAGGCCCUCCUGGAGAAGGAGGACGAGGCCCAGCGCAUGCACCUGGCCAGGCGGGAGCAGGCCCUGGCUGACGUGGCCUGGAUGAAGCAGGUCAUCGAGCAGCAGCUGCAGCUCGAGAGGACGCGGGAGGCAGAGCUGCAGAUGCUGUUGAGGGAGGAGGCCAAAGAGAUGUGGGAGAAGAGAGAAGCAGAGUGGGCCCGGGAGCAGAGCGCGCGGGACAGGCUGAUGACCGAGGUUCUGAUGGGGAGGCAACAACAGAUACAAGAAAAGAUUGAACAGAACCGACGGGCCCAAGAGGAAUCCCUCAGACACAGGGAGCAACUCAUUCAGAAUCUCGAGGAGGCAAGAGAGUCGGCCCGCCGAGAGAGAGAGGAGAGUGAAGAACUGAAGUCAGCUAGGAAGCAGGAGUUGGAGGCCCAGGUGGCAGAGCGCCAGCUGCGGGCAUGGGAAGAGGACCAGCAGGCAGAGGAGGAAGAGGCGGAGACCAGGCAGGCAGAGCAGCUCUCUGAUGCUCUGUUGCAGCAGGAGGCGAAGAUCAUGGCCAAGCAGGGCUACCGGCCCAAGGCCUACGGACAUCCCAGAAUUGCUUGGGACUAACUUUGCUGGUACUGUAGGCACAGAGAAGAUGGUGCUGAGUUCUUUGACCCGCAGCUGCCAGACAGUUCUACAGUGUUUGGCUCUGCUCAGGGUUCAAGGCAACACCGGGAGCUGAGCUCUGCAUGCUCAGGUGUGUGGUCAAGGGCAACUUGAAGGACCUGGUGUCCCCCGGCGUGGAUGUGCAGAACCCUGGUGUGACGCCCUCUCCCGCCUUUCUCAUCCAAGAGCCUCUCACAGCUCUCGUUCACGCAAGUGCUGGGAGUUGAACCUAGGGCCUCGCACAUGCUGAGCACAUGCCUACCACAGCGCUACGCUCCAUCCCAGGGCAUCACCUUAAAACCGUGUGACACCUGUGAAACCAUGGCGUUAUGCUUCCCAGUGGUCUUGACCGACUCAGCAUGAAGCCACGUGGAGUUGACACUGCAGUGUCUUCCUUCUAGAGAGGCAUUCACUUUGUGACCUAAUGUUGUGAUCAACCCAAAACACUGUACCUACUUCAGAGGAUGGAUGCAUGUGAUUUUUUUUUAAACAUGUAGUUGCGGUUUCUAUAUUUUCACUCCUAUAUGUAGUUGAUUGUGUAAAUACACUUUCUUUAUUCUCAUUUGUUUGACUUUGAUUUUUUCCUAUUAAAAACUUUUCUAAGCCGGG